AUGGGGCACAGGAACCACCUCAGCCUCAGCUUCCUGAGCUCCAGCCUGGGCCUUCUGCUCCUGCUCUGGAUCCUGCCAGAGUCCCUGGGAGCUGAGGGCAGGCUGGCUCACAAGCUGUUCCGUGACCUCUUUGCCAACUACACAAGUGCCCUGAGACCUGUGGCCGACACAGACCAGACUCUGAAUGUGACCCUGGAAGUGACAUUGUCCCAGAUCAUUGACAUGGAUGAGCGCAACCAGGUGCUGACCCUGUACCUAUGGAUCCGACAGGAGUGGACAGAUGCUUACCUGCGAUGGAACCCGGAGGCCUAUGGUGGCCUAGAUGCCAUCCGCAUCCCCAGCAGCCGUGUGUGGCUGCCAGACAUCGUGCUCUAUAACAAAGCGGACGCGCAACCACCUGCCUCCGCCAGCACUAACGUGGUUCUGAGGCACGACGGCGCAGUGCGCUGGGACGCACCGGCUAUCACGCGCAGCUCCUGCCGUGUAGACGUGUCGGCCUUUCCGUUCGACGCGCAGCGCUGCGGCCUGACUUUCGGCUCAUGGACACACGGCGGGCACCAGCUAGACGUGCGGCCGCGCGGCACGGCCGCGAGCCUGGCCGACUUCGUGGACAACGUGGAGUGGCGCGUGCUGGGCAUGCCGGCGCGGCGGCGCGUGCUCACCUACGGCUGCUGCUCCGAGCCCUACCCGGACGUCACCUACACGCUGUUGCUGCGCCGCCGCGCCGCCGCCUACGUCUGCAACCUGCUACUGCCCUGCGUACUCAUCUCGCUCCUCGCUCCGCUUGCCUUCCACCUGCCCGCCGACUCAGGCGAGAAAGUGUCGCUCGGUGUAACGGUGCUGCUGGCUCUCACCGUCUUCCAGCUACUGCUGGCCGAGAGCAUGCCGCCAGCCGAGAGCGUACCGCUGAUCGGGAAGUACUAUAUGGCCACUAUGACCAUGGUCACAUUCUCCACAGCACUCACCAUCCUCAUCAUGAACUUGCAUUACUGUGGCCCCAGUGCCCACCCAGUGCCAGCUUGGGCUCGAACCCUCCUGCUGGGACACCUGGCACGGGGUCUGUGUGUGCGGGAACGAGGGGAGCCCUGUGGGCAGUUCAGGCCACCUGAGUCACCCCCUAGCCCUCAGCCUCCUGAUGGAGGGGCCAGCCCCCUAGUAGGCCCUUGCCAUGAGCUGCGGUGUCUGUGCCACCAGGAAGCCCUACUGCGUCAUGUAGCCACCAUUACCAACACCUUCCGCAGCCACCGGGCUGCCCAGCGCCGCCAUGAGGACUGGAAACGCCUAGCCCGUGUGAUGGACCGCUUCUUCCUGGGCAUCUUCUUCUCCAUGGCUCUGGUCAUGAGCCUCCUGGUGCUAGUGCAGGCCCUGUGA